AAUACCUCUGGUUCUGUGGAUGUAGUCACACUCGUUAGUGCUGUAGGCUGUGGUUUGGGACGUAGGCAGAAAGACAGAAGGAGGACUGUUUAUUUUAGCUUGGUUUAAAUAGAGCAGCAGGAAAUAAAGCAAUAUUAGAAAAGAAUAUUGCAUGCAAAAUAGUAAAUAUUUCAUCCCUUCACCAGUUUGGACGGUGGACAAAUGAGCACAGCAUCGUAAAGGGCUUUCUGCACUAGUCGAACCAUGAAUUAUGUGGGACAGCUUGCUGGUCAGGUUUUUGUGCAGGUGAAGGAACUCUACCGAGGACUGAACCCAGCCACCCUGUCUGGCUGUAUAGAUGUUAUUGUGGUGCGUCAGCCUGAUGGUUCCCUACAGUGUUCACCCUUCCAUGUACGCUUUGGCAAGAUGGGGGUGCUCCGGUCGAGGGAAAAAGUGGUUGACAUAGAGAUUAAUGGGGAGCCAGUUAACCUACACAUGAAAUUGGGGGAGAACGGUGAAGCAUUUUUUGUCAAGGAGACGGAGAGUUACAUGGAGAUGGUGCCAUCUUAUCUUGCCACAUCUCCAAUAAAUACUGAUGGCUCAUCAUUGAUGGAAUCCCAGAUGGGGAAAAGUGUGUCUCGUCUGUCUGAGCCAUCUGGGACUUCCAUCCAAUCUUUGGGUCCCUCAGGAGAGAAUGGUAUAAAGAAGAGGAGGAAGAGGAGAAAGAAAUCCAAAUUAGACAGUGUGAAGCGAGAGGACAAUGGAAACUCAGAGGAUGAGGACAUGUUCCCCAUUGAUAUGAGUUCAGAUGAAGAUACAGCUAGCAGAUCUAUGUCAUAUGACCCCUAUGAUGAAAGGGUGAAAAGUGGUCAAUCUAAUAGUUCUUCUAUGCAGAGCAAAGAAUACUUACAAUGCAAUGAAGAUUGGGCAAGUGUACAAAGAACAAGUGAGGAUCAGCCCUGUACCCUGUCUGUUCCAACAAACGGAGGUCUGUCCAUAUCUUGCCCACAACAAUCAUCAACAUUUCCUGCAAGAACCAGUAUGGAACAUGGCUUCUUGCCUUCCACACCGAAAAGUGACUCAGAGUUGCUAGUCAGUCAGAUGACAAAGGAAAAGGUGCAAAAUCCUGAGAUGCUCUGGGCCUGGGGAGAGCUUCCUCAGGCUGCAAAGCCCAAGUUCACACAGUAUAUGACAGAGCCCAAAGUGGUGACUGCAGCAUCAAUCCCCAUGUCAGACAGCACACACUUUCGGGCUAUCAUGGGAGAUAGGGUGGUGGAAAAAGUGGGGGAAAAGCCUCCAGAACUUGGUGCCGAAGAAGCAGCAGCUCCAGCAUCUAUGGAGGUGGAGGUAAUCGGUGCAGCAGCUUGCACUAUUGCCAGUCUGGAAGAUGAACAAUAUCCUGCAUUCCAGGUUCACAGUAAAACUGACUCUCCAUCAAAAAGAAGAGACAAAAGAAGUCAUCAUCUUGGAUCUGACGGUGUGUAUCUGGAUGAUCUUACAGAGCUGGAGCCUGAGGUAGCAGCACUCUAUUUUCCUAAGAGUGAUGGCACAGGGUUAGUUAGGACUAGGACAGAAAUGAGGAGUGCCAAUCAGUCACCUCAGUCAUUGGGAAGCAGUGGCAUGGACAGCGGAGUUGACAGCUUUUCUGAUCAAUCAGGGGAGCUGCCCAAUAUUGCCAUCUCGCUAUGUGGAGGGUUGACAGAGGAUCGAGACAUCACUCGAGAGGAGUUUGAGGAAAAAUCAGUAACUUAUCAGGAGUUUGCUAAUCAUCCAUCGAUUAUUGAUGACCCUAAUCUGGUUGUAAAGAUUGGAGCCAAGUAUUACAAUUGGAGUACAGCCGCUCCUCUUGUGUUGGCUAUGCAGGCAUUCCAAAAACCAUUGCCAAAGGCUGCAUUGGAGAACAUUAUGAAGGAGAAAAUGCCCAAGAAAGGAGGACGGUGGUGGUUCUCAUGGCGGGGAAGAAACAACAGCUCUAAGUCGGAAUCUGCUGAAUUUGAGGAGCAGACAAAAAGCAGUAGGUUAAAGGAUGAAUCAUCCUCAAGUGAUGAUGACAGCAGACCUGUUAAGCAGAAUUCAACAUGUAGUCAGUCAGAGCCUCUUCCUAGCUCUAACAGUAUAUGCUACAAGAAGACUCUCCGCUUGUCCUCAGAAGAGCUGGCCAGUCUGCAAUUAAAAGAGGGCCCCAAUGAUGUGUUAUUCAGCGUGACUACUCAGUACCAGGGUACCUGUCGUUGUGAGGGCACCAUAUAUCUGUGGAACUGGGACGAUAAGAUUGUAAUUUCAGAUAUUGAUGGCACAAUCACCAGGUCAGAUACUCUUGGACAUAUUCUGCCUACACUUGGCAAAGACUGGACCCAUCAAGGUAUUGCCCGCCUCUACCACAAAGUUAGCCAGAAUGGCUAUAAGUUCAUGUACUGCUCUGCACGAGCAAUUGGUAUGGCUGAUAUGACAAGAGGCUAUUUGCACUGGGUAAAUGAGAGAGGCACCAUGUUACCUCAGGGCCCUGUGCUGCUCAGCCCUAGCAGCUUGUUCUCUGCACUACACAGGGAGGUCAUUGAGAAAAAGCCAGAAAAGUUCAAAAUUGAGUGUCUGACCGACAUCAAGAAUCUUUUCUAUCCAAACACAGAGCCCUUCUAUGCUGCUUUUGGAAACCGAGAAACAGAUGUGUUUUCUUAUAAAGAGGUUGGCGUGUCAUUGAACAGGAUCUUCACCGUGAACCCUAAAGGAGAGCUCAUUCAAGAGCAUGCUAAGACCAACAUAUCAUCAUAUGGGCGUCUGUGUGAGGUGGUUGACCACAUCUUUCCAUUGCUGAUUAGAGGCAAUAUUUCCGACUUCCCCUGCUCAGACACCUUUAGCCAGUUCACCUACUGGAGAGAGCAGCUACCAGAGCUAGAGAAGCACGAUCACAAUGUGGAAAACAGCUGAGUGAAUUGACAUGCUGAGGUUGUCCUUGACUUCUAAUUCAGUCUUCUCAUGUCUGUCCUCUCAUGCUCAGGUAACAAGCUAGCAUGUAACAUUUUGUUUAUGCUCACUCUUCUAUUGGUAUUAGCUUCUUUCAGUAGUUUCAGUUGUUUUUUUGGUUCUAUUUUUCUGUUAUAUCAAUCUUUAAAGUAAUGGUUAUAUUAAUCUUAAUCUGUGUUCUGUCAAAGUAUAUUGCCCAUAUUUUUGAAUGGCUGGUAAUAAUUACUGUAAGAUAAGGAUGGCUUCUUCUGUCUCAUCAGCAGUAAGACUGUGUUGAACAGAAUUCUAUACUUGUUACCCAUCACAUUGGCUCUUUCUGUUUUAUAUGCAACUUUGUCUCACCUACACUCUCUUAUCUUCUACCUAUGUCUGCUAUUAUUAGAAUUUAUUUUAAUUCAUAUGCAGGAAAUGGUCUGUACAUCUUGUAAAUUUGUAAUAUUUAAAGUUCUAAAGUAACAUUUUGUACAGAUAUUAUUGCCUUGCAUAUAGAGGAUGCUGGAAGUCUAUUCUCAGGUCUCAGGUGUAACAAAUUUUUUUAUUUAUUUCAGUAUGUACAGUAUAUUACAAAAAUCGCAGAACUUCCAGUACAUUUGUGACACUUGUGCCUGAUUUAGACCCAAAACAACUAUAAAUUGUAGUCCAUUUUAUAUUUGUGCAUUCAUUUUUGUCCUCUUGUUUUAUAAUAUACAAUAUAUAAAUUAUUUCUUAUGUUUCAGAAUAUGAAAUACAUAAAACAUCAAAUUGAAAAUAGUAUUUGCGAGUAAUAAUCUGCAUUCCUUUGUGUGUCCGUAUUUUUCCCAAACCCCUAACUCGAUACAUCUACAAACCUGCAGUAGGAAGGAACUCAAGGGCUAAAGUUUCCUUAAUUUUUUAGUCACAUCUGGCAGUAUGGUGGCGUAGCAGAUACGGUUGCCAUCUAAUAGUUCCAGGAAUCCUGGUUUAAUCUUCAGGAUACAGUCUGCAUGUAUUUUCUGUCCAUGUACUUUCUCUGUGUUCAUGUAGGCUUACUCUGAGUUUCGUCCAACUCAAUGUGUGUGAUUUGGUGCCUUGCAUUAAAUAGGUGUCCCAUUUUAGGGUGCUCUGAAUCCACUCUCAUCAGGAUAAAAAUAAUGAUGAUUAAUUAAUAAAUAAAAUAAUAAGAUUAUGAUUAUGCUGAGCUGCCAAAUCUACUCUAGCAUUAUUUUAGCAUUAGCAUUAGAGAAAUGAGUGCAAUUCCAGAGAUGUGUGGUUCAAACACAUGACUGUUUUAAAAGUGUUAAAUUUAAAGUAAAGUAUUGUUUAUGCUGGAUAACUAAAGAAAAAUGUUUUUGUGUGGUAAGUACUGUCUCGGAAAGUGUGCUACUCUAAUACUUUUUAAUCUAGUGUACAUGAAAUUAUGAUUUGCUAUACAUAUAUAUUAUGAUAUGUUACACCUGUUGUGGUUGUUAUACCUACUAUAAGUUUAAAUGAAGAAAAAGAAUUUUCCUCCCAAACAAAAAGUCUACAAUUAAUGUUUGUGCUAUUUUGUUUUGUGAUGAGAAAAGAACCAAAUUGAAUCUGUGGUGUUGCACAAUGAAGUUGCACAGAUUUUGAGUGGCAAAUACUUUUAACUUAGUCAUAAAAUUAAACAGAUUCUUUUUAUCCUGUUGAUAGUAGACCACUAUAAUUUUUUGACCAGCUACAUUUUACUUUCAUUUACACAACAAGAUUUAGAUUACAUGCCCUUCAAUUAUGAUUGGACUCUGGCAUCUAAUAUAAAACUGUAUUCGAUUUAUUUCUUCAAUUUUAUAUUCUUUCUGUGAAAGAUCACAAAGUUGUUGCUAGUGGGUUUCUGCUUGGAUUUAUUAUAACAAAAAAUGAUAUAUCGUGUUAAACAUACAACAGUAAAUAUGGAUCUGCAUAUUAAAAUAUAAUUGUUACACAAAUGCAGUGUGGUGUCUUGAAGACUAAAGAUCUCUCAUGCACCAGAUGAGAGAUGAUCUCAUGAGUGCAGUUGUAUGGUAUUUGCUCUACAAAAUGAACACAAACAGUACGGUACCCUUCCUUUUAAAUAAAAAACUUAAAAAAAAUUUGUUAAUACAAAAACAUUUAGGAUUUCUAAAAAUUAGUUUUCCAGCAAAAAUGAAACAUUACAGAAAAAUGUUUGUAUGCCAGUAAAGAAAGCAGCACAUCACAUAAAGCAGUUUUCAGACAGAAACAAUUAUGGCUCUUCAGAAAAAACUCAUAUAUCCUUAUAAAACAGAAUGAUGUGACUUUUAUUUAAGCAAAUGGGCAUCACACCAAAUACUGACAAAUAUGUAUUUAUUAAUGUUUUUGCACUUUAAAGCACCAAUUUGUCUUGGGUAGGAAAUAUGUAUUAGGAUAGAGUCCUGCUCAUUGGCUCAUAGAGGGAUUUUGAGCCAGUCAUGUUGCGGAACAGUGGCAGGGUGACUACAAGAUCCAGAUGGUGUUAAUACGUUUCUGGCUUCUCCAAAACAUACCAGUAAUUAAUGUGCUUGCUAAAGCACAUUCUUAUAUUUCUAUUGUGACUAUGCAGGCCAAGAGAGAUGUUCAACUUUACCAUCGUGUUCAUCAAACCACUCUGUCACCAAUCUUGCUGAGUGUAUUGAUGCAUUACCAUCCUGCUACAUGGUAUGACUUUCAAAAAAAAUACCUCCUAUUGGAUGUGUCUCAUCCUAGUUUGCCAUCGUUACCCUGAAUGUGACUUGGUCACAGAUGCACCAAGAAUUUGUCUAAUUUGUUAUCAUUUGAAUCUUUAUCAUUAAACCCCUGUUGGAACAACUUCAGUUUGCUUACAAAGACACACACCUAUUGUGCAUCAUCUUCAAGACCAUAAAACUUCCUUGUAGAUUCUUAUAUUAUUGAACUUCUUUGGGGUGGAGUGAUUCAGGAAUUGUUUCCCCCAUCAGCAUCACCUGGCCACUGUUCUGAAAGAGAAAUGGGUCCACCCCCACCCCCCCCCAUAUAUAUAUAUAUAUAUACACAUAUGUAUACAUAUGUAUGUAUAUAUACGUAUAUAUAAUUAAUUUAUUGUAAUUCACUGUUUUUAUUUUAAUAGAACACACAAAAAUACAUCACAACAGAAGGAAAGAAAUCUUUUUAAACUAGAACCCUCCCAAAACCACCCCCCCCCCGUCCCAUCGCACCCCAGGACCCAUGUAAAUACAAAAGUAAACAAUAUCAGCUAAAAUAGUUAUAUAUAAAAAUAUACUAACAGAAUUGGUAGUGAUAUUAACAACAGAAUAACAUCUUUAGACUAAAUAACCAAAAUAUUCGAGGUUAUGGAAAUCCAGUUCUGCCACAUAGAGUAUAUACACACGCGCACACACACACACAAAGUGAACCAAAGCAGACAUCGUAAGACAAUAGUGACGUAUUGGCAGACAAUUUGUAUUGUACAGCACAAAGUCUGCACAUGGGACGCACUUAGAUGUUCCAACAUGACAAUGAUCCAAAGCAUACAAUGGCUACAGCAGAAAAAGGUGAAGGUUCUGGAGGCCAUCAGCCUACUGACCUCAAUAUUAGUAAGACACUUUUGGGAGAUCUCAAGCGCGCAGUUUUGAUCAAGACAACCAAAACAUUUAUAAGAACUGGAUGUGCAUCAUUGAUGGUAAAGGGGGCAAUACACGAGAACUAAAGUUAUGCAAACCUUAGAACGGAGAUUAUUUACUUAUUUUCUUUUUUGUUAUGUUUUUUUUUAUGAUUGUGCUAUUCUGUUAUGCCUUACAUAUUAUCCUGAAUCCUAUAAGAAAUAAAAUAAAUUUGUUUUGCCUUCUCACAUUUUUUAAAUAUGGUACACAUCUCACAAAUUGUAUUUUGAGCACAUCUUACAUGCUGUCAUACUUCAAACUAAAACCCAAAACUUUUUUAGAGACUUGUGUCUUGACUCAGAUUUUAAAAAAGGAUUUGUUAACAUAACAUGAUUUUUCUUUUGGUCAACCAAAGAGCAAAAGGUUUAUAAAUAGCAAAAAUGAAGAAUCCAAAUGUUCAAACCAAUCAGUUUCUCAGAAAAUAUGUGGGUCAGCUGUAGUUCAUUGUCCUUAUGAGAAUUUUUAAUAUGAAUGGACAAAUCACAAUUUUUGUACAUAUCAAAUAAAAAUGUUCAGUUUUUAAUAUGAGAAGGAACGGUGGAAUGGUGAUUGGUGGAACCAGCUAUUCCAAUAUGGCACCACUGUGUCGGUGCAUUGAAAGAUGGGAAUUAACACACCAGUAGAAAAUGCUUCUGAACCCUAAUUGACUUGCAUAUAUGUGCCUAUAUUCAGAGGUGCCAACAUCUAUGGUUUAACCAAUCAAAAAUAGAAAAAUUUUGAAGUUACUUGACACAUCCUAAAAAUAAAUUUGAAUAAAAUAAU